AUGUCCCGCAAGCUGUUGCUGCGGCUGCCGAUCGCCGAGAGACCACGAUUACUCUUUCCUCGUGGGAAUAAGUGUUUUUGCGUUUACUUAUUUAUUACGUUCGACCUACGGUCAAUAUUUGUAAAAAUAUCGGAGACAAUCGAUCUAUUUAAUUAUGUCGCACCAAGUCUAGGCUACUACGGCAUUUUUCAGCUAAGCUUGACGCUCGCAGCCUACUGCUGCCUCGCGGCCUUAUCGUGGCUCUGCGAAACGAGUGCGCUGGCCGACGAGCAGCAGCCCUUCGUCGUACUGGCCAAUGGAAGCGCGACAACGAGCGAGAAAAAUGCAACAACGCAGCCACACGACGACGACAACGGCGACGACGAGCACGCGAGAUCGGGCAAAAAACUGGCUCUCUACGUGAGGAACGGCGAGCGGAUCAAUCUCGGCGGCGGCGGUGUGGCCGAGCAGCUCAAGGCAGCGACGAACUCGAGCCAGUCGACGGCUCAUAAUCCCGUGACUCUGGCGUCGCCGCUGGCCCUGACGAGGCCGACCCCGAGAUUGUCCCCGUCGACGACGUCGACGACGCGCAGCGUAGCAGCCUCGACGCCGGCCCACAAGGAUCUGCUGGCCCUGAGCACCAACAGGCCCGCCAAUCACCAGCCGCCGCGGCCGCACAAGCCGGCCCAGCGCUACACGAUCUACCGGCACGAGGGCACCGUCGAUCCCAACACCGAGAGGCAGUCCUACUCGAUCCAGGACGACUACGAGCACCAGCUGGCCCCGGACUACUUCCCGCCGAGCGCCUACGAGUACGACGAGACCUCGUACAACUCCAUACCCGAGUACCCGGGCGUGAACGGGCCCGCGCCGCCGGGGCCGCCGCCCUACGAGCCCGGCAUGCUCCAGUACAACGAUCCGUAUCGCGCCGGCGAGCUCUACACCCAGGAGCCGCCACAGAUGGGAGGGCCCAGCUUCGUGCCGUCCGGCUCCCCGGGCCCGAUGCCACCGCCGCCACCCUCGCCCACCCAGUCCUACGGCAACUUUCCCUCGACCAUGGUCACAGUCAGAUCGAAGCUGCGGCAAAUCCGCCAGGGGGGCUGCGAUCCGGGAGGCGGCUUCUGGGCCAUCAUCCUGGCGCUGGGCGCCAACAUCUGGGCGCUGGUCCAGCUGAUCGCCACCAGCAGCCUGCCCUUCGUCAUACCGAUCCUGGCCGUCAAGGUGAUCCUCGUCGCGCUCACCCUCCUCAAGUUCAUCAAGAUCAUGAAGUUCCUCGUGAAGAUCUUCAUCAUCCUGCCGUUCUUCAUUCGCGUCGUCUACCCGGCCAUCACGAGCACCUUCAAUCUGCAGAACUUCCUCUACCAGAAGAUCCAGGACGCGAUGCCGUCGUUUGGCGAGGACAACAGCCAUCAUCCGCAUCUGCAUCAGCACCCGCUGCUGCAGCAUCACGCGGCCAACAACAACGACAACGACAUCGAGCUCGAGGACAGCAGCAGUCGCCGCCACGAUCUCAACGCCAGCGCCUUUAUGCGCGACGCCGAGACCAUGUGGGACCUGAGCAGGUGCCCGAGCCGAGUGGCCUGCGAGAUGGGCUCGUUCCUCUCCAAUUCGACGGGCGGCAAUUUUCCCAAAAAUCUCGCCGGUUACUUGCAGAGGAAGGCCAUGAAGGCCGAGGCCAAGACUUCCAACGAGAGCCAAAACGACGACGACGACGACGACGACGAGGACGAGGGGGAGGACAUAGGCUACGACGACGACGAGGGCGUAGAAAAGCAGGUCGAAAAGGAAAAGGUCUUUCGGGCCUUCGUGAUUGCGCUUGGCAAGAGUUGGACGCAGCAGCAGUGCGCCUUGGCUUACGAAUGCCUCGUUUUGUCCUGACUUUUUUAAAGACUUUUAGCUUCCAUUCUUCUUACCUAUAUUUUAUUUUUAUAAAAGUUGAGAUUCGUUCCACCACUCCAGAGUAAUCAUUGUCUAUUUUGUAUUAAUAAGUGCUAGUCAUAUUUGAAAAAAAUUAUUGACCAAUUAAGUUUUUUUUUC